GAAACGUACACUUCCUGUAUUAUCUUCCUUCAAACGUCGAUAGUAAGCAAGUAUCUACAGGUCUAAGGUGGAAGUUAAGCCACAACUUAAACUUUAGUGAUCAGAUGGCAUAUACAUAGUUCGUGAUUGUUAUUGGGGGCACUGCAAAGAAAAGUGUGCUUUUGCCACACGCCUCUGACAGUUGUAAAUUUCACUUUCGUUUCCUUGGAAAAGAAUCCUACACUCUAUUCUCCUCUGUCGUUUAGUAGCUGUUACUUGCAACGGGGUAAAGGUAACAUACUGCAGCGGUUGUCAUGCAGAAUCAAACUACAAGAAUAGGUGGCUUUUCGUUUGGUAUCCCUCUCAAAGUUCCAGCUGCGUCAGCUAAACCGGCUUUUGCAAUCGCAGAGGAAGUCAUAAGUCCUUUCACCCUUGGAUCAAACGUCAGUUCAACAGAGAAAGAGAAGAACACACCUUCAUAUACAUUUACUGCACUUCCACCUAAGUUGGAACCUCAAUGGAGAGAAAUGGAGUGGACAGAAGAGAAAAAGGCGAGUCUGAUGAAGACUGUCAGCUCCUACAGGCCAAGCUGUAACGAGGGGAAUCAGGCUCGGGUUCUCCUCCUGGGUCCGGUUGGUUCUGGAAAGUCCAGCUUCAUCAGUUCAGUCCAGUCUGUGUUUAAUGGAAGAGUCACCAACCGGGCCAUGGUGGGGACCUCUUCCACCAGCUUCACCAAGAAGCUCCAGUCCUUCAACAUCCAUGGUCAGAAAGGAGAGGACCCUACUGGACUGGUGCUGUGUGAUAUUGCGGGCUUAGCGGGUGAAGAGAUGACCGGACUGACCCUUCAUGACAUCCUGUCUGUCAUUAAAGGUCAUGCGCCAGAGGGGCACAAAUUUAGCCCAGAUCAACCAUUGAGGUCUGAGACUGUGGGUUAUGUAAAGAAGCCAGGUCUCAAAGACAAGAUCCAUUGCGUUGCAUUUGUGGUAGAUGCCUCUAAAAUCCAGACCUACCAAAAAGGCCCCAGCACCACCUUCAGGCAGCUCCGAAAGCACAUCAGUGACCUGGACAUUCAUCAGGUGGCCCUGCUAACCCAGAUAGACCACAUUUGUCCAGAAACGGCUAAAGAUGUCACAGAGGUUUACAAGAGCCGGAUCAUUCAGGACACGAUGAAAAAAGCUGGGGAUCUGUUGGGUAUGUCCACCUCCUACAUUGUCCCGGUGAAGAACUACUCAUCAGAGCUGGACCUGAACGUGAACAAUGAUGUGCUUCUGCUUAGAGCUGUCGACCACAUCCUGCAGUAUGCUGACCUGUACUUCCAGGCCAAUGCACUUCAACAAAAGGGGCCAAAGAUGGAUUUGGGGAUUUAGCAUAUUGUAUUUUGAAAAAAGUCUGACUUAAGCAACUUCUAGCUGUUUAAAGUCACAUAAUAUAAUGCUACAGGUAAUGGAUUUUUACUAUCAUGUACAAUGUAACAUAUCAUAAUGUGUUUCUUUAAAUAAAAUGUGAUGUUUUCA